ACAUGUUACGUUUCAUUUUGUAAUAAAACGUCUAUAAAACACGUUCUGUGGAGUUUUAUAAAAACCUUAACGUAUGUGGGCUCAUGGGCUUGUUACAUAUCCGAGCUCGGUCGGAAAACGUGAAGGCAACAAAAAGUUCAACCCUGUGAGUUGUGACAUCGUAACCAAUGGAGGAAAAACACAGCAGUACCGACACUAGUUUUACCCCUGAGCCAGGGGGGGCAAAAGCAACACAAGAUGGCUCCUGUGACCAAAGCCCCAUGGGAAUCAUCAGUAGACAGAUGAGCGAGCAGGGCCGAUUUGCCUACGCUGCAAUGUGUGGAGUCUCACUGAGGAAGUUAUAUAGCGGGCAUGAAAACAGUGCGUUCAGGGAACAGUACCUGCAGGGCCUGGUCCGCUGGCUGGAUCUUGAUGAAUCUGUGAUGCCCGUCAUGGGGGCCUUCCUGUCAGGCCUGGGCUUUGAGGGCUCUGACACCUUCCUGUCCAUUCUGCAAGCUGAACAACUCAUGGCGACAGGCGCCGUACCCAUCAUACAGGACCUGGUGUCUUUCUCUGUCAAAGAUGGCCACUACGAUGCCAGAGCGAGGGUGCUCAUCCGGCACGUCAGCUGUCUGCUCCGAGUGUCUCCGCAAGAGCUGGAAGAGUUUGAAGAGACGCUUGGAGAGAGGCUCAGGGAAGGAGGAGAAGAGAGCGAGGAGGAAACGUCUCGGCGACGGAGGAGAGAAAAGGGUCGAAAAUUAAGACGCUACCUCCUCAUUGGACUUGCGACAGUCGGUGGUGGAACCUUGAUUGGUGUAACUGGUGGGCUGGCGGCCCCCUUAGUGGCAGCUGGAGCCGGCGCCGUGCUCGGGGCUGGAGGGGCCGCAGCUCUGGGCUCAGCCGCUGGCAUCGCAAUCAUGGCCUCCCUGUUUGGAGCAGCUGGUGCUGGACUUACCGGCUAUAAGAUGAAGAAGUGUGUUGGUGCAAUUGAGGAGUUUGAAUUCCUGCCGCUCAGCUCCGGAAAGCAUCUUCACCUAACCAUAACAGUGACAGGGUGGCUCUGCACUGGGAAAUAUAGCUCGUUCCAGGCCCCUUGGUGCAGCCUGGGAGAGUGCGGGGAGCAGUACUGCUUGGUGUGGGAGUCGCGUUUCCUCAGGGACUUAGGCUCGGCCAUGACCUCUCUUUUGGACGGGCUGGUCAGCAUGAUGGCUCAGGAGGCCUUGAAGUACACCGUUCUCUCAGGUAUCGUAACGGCGCUGACGUGGCCCGCCUCUUUGCUGGCUGCCGCCAGCGUCAUCGACAAUCCCUGGUGCGUUUGUUUGAACCGCUCUGCUGAGGUGGGGAAACACCUUGCUCAGGUUUUGAGAAGCAGGCAGCAGGGAACGCGGCCAGUCAGUCUGAUAGGUUUCAGUCUCGGGGCCAGAGUUAUCUACUUCUGUCUUCAGGAGCUCGCUAACGAUGAAGGCAGUGAAGGUGUUGUGGAGGAUGUGGUCCUGCUGGGGGCCCCUGUGGAUGGCUCGGAGAAGGCCUGGGAGAGAAUGACCCGGGUGGUGGCUGGAAAAAUAGUCAACGGGUACUGCAGAGGGGAUUGGCUCCUGGGGUUCUUGUACCGAAGCUCAGCUGCUCAGCUCUGUGUUGCUGGGCUACAACCAAUAAGCAUCCAGGAUCGCCGGGUUAUCAAUGUAGAUCUCUCCUCCUUGGUGAAAGGUCACUUAGACUACAUGCGUCAAAUGGACACCAUCUUGGUGGCAGUGGGAGUCCCGACCAAAGAGGUCCCAGGAUCCUCCUACGUGCCUCCUCAACCUGUAACUAUUACAAAGGGAACGGUACGCACUGAGGACCAAACCCAAAUCAAGCAGCAGUUGCAGGAAACCAAAAGUCCAGUCCAGGAGGCUGAGACUUCUGCAGCAGACAUUGCUGAGGACUCAACAGAGAUGGCCGACGGCUGGGACGUCCCCGAUAUCUCAGACCUGUUGGAUGCUCUCAAUAGUGACGAUAUGAAGAGGAGGCUGAGGCGGAUGACGAACACGUCUCAUGGAGCUGGGACGAUACACACUGGACUCCAGCGCACAGCCAUAAACAACGUGGACCGAAAAUGUGGGGGCGCGGCGUCAGAAGCCAGAGGGGACGGGGGCUCGCUGCAGAUGUUCGGUUCUCCCGAGUUGCGGAGGGACAGCGAGAGCACCGGCGACAGUUGUCUCGGCAGCCGUGAGGAGGAACAGGGCAAGAGCUUACCUAGCGCUCGCUUGAAGUCCCUCAUGAAGAGCGGGUAGAUGAUGGGAUUCAUGGUGCUGUUGCAGUAGCCCAACCAUGUGAUGGCAUCGAAGAGUGCCAGGGGGACGCACUCGCACACUGCCUGAAUGAACACAGCGAAAUUCACUGCACCUCUCCUUUAAGAUCGACGGUCAUUACGAUUUUCUUCUUUGGUUUGACAAACUUUCGAGUUCUUAGGAUCAACUGUAGUGUAUUUGAAGCUUUAUCUUAUUGUGUCAUGCAUCUUUGUACCUGAAGAGGUGAUCGUGAUUCGCAGCAGUGUGAAAGAGGAUUUAUUGGAAGAACUGACAUUUUGUGCUCUUGGUUAUGGCACAAAAACAUUUGUUUUUUUUUUUUUUUUUUUUUUUCCACAAAACGUUGGAAGUGUCGUGUGUUGCAGAACAACCACUUUUGGAAGCGACACCUAUCCCGUUAGAAUUGUAUUUUCAUUUUAAUGUCCUGCAAACCUUCUGGGAGAAAACAGAAUCUUAUUCAGAUGUUGUAUUAUGAAUGUUUUUUCUUGAUUAAAAAAAAAAAUAAUAAUAAUAAUAAUAAAAUUGACGUGGGUGGAGGGGAUUACUGCUGAAUUUGCAUUCAAACAAAACAUUUCCCUUGGAGUAGGAGGCUACGCAGGUGACGUGUGAAUGAUGAAGGGCUAUAUAAAUAAACUUGACUCGUGAGUGAGCCUGUGAAGCACAGUGAUGAACAUGCACAAACAUUAGCUUUAAAGGGGACUCGUGAAGAAGGACACAGCUGCUAGAGGACGGCUUCCAAUACUAUCAAGAUGAAAUGGUGGGGGUGGGGCAGUAGUAAAGAAAGGACACACCACAUUGAGUGUGAGAAGAAAGAUGAGUACAGUCUGUGCCUGUGUGCUCUGUGUGAGGCGGUUUUGGGCCUGUUGUGAGAGGGCACAGAUGGGAAAUCCAAAAUGUCUGGAGCGUUGAAAGCUCGAAAAGCAGCACCGGGUGUCGUCAGCAAUUUAGACGCCGUCAUUGAAAUGAAAAUCAACAAGCGAAGGGGGGCGAAUAACAAGCGUCAGUGGUGACCACAAAGGGUUAUUUUCUUUGAUUCCGGAAUGAGCUGAAAUGCCAGUCGACAUUGUAUGUCUGUUGGAUUGCUUGGACUUGACGCCGGGGCUGGCAAAUACACAAAUAGAUUGGUAGCCAAGGUUCUUGCUUUGCGGCUUGUGCAUGUAUUUAACACUAUAACGGUCACGCAUACAUAUUCAUUCGAGAGAAGUGACAAAACAACCUCUGACUCAGUGGGAC